UACCCUUUUGACGGGAACUGAUAAAAACGUGAACCCACUUUAGCCAAGAACAGUAUGUCAACAAACAGAAUGAUACCCAAAUAUCCAUCGGUGCGUUGAACCGAGAUCGAUACUCCGCGCCACUCCUCAAGUUCAAGUUUGGCUUGUCGCCAUGGCUACCGGCGCACAACACCGCAUGCCGCGCUCACUAGCCAUUCCUCGACCCGCCACUUGGCACCGCGAGCCACCUCCGAGCGGUUCCAACUGUCGCAUCUUGAGUCAAUCACUUCCUGCUACACUAGCACGGCCGCCAACAUGUGGCUGAGCGCCUACGCCCCUCCCGCGCCCGUGCCGCAGCUCCCGAAGGGCCUGGUGGAGUUGAUGGAAGGACUCAGCAAGGAUGUCCUCAAGAAUAAUCCGAGUGAAGACGAACUGCUCCAGUUCUGUGCUGAUCACAUGAAGAAUCUGUUGAACUUACGAGGCGCCAGUGAAGGUAAAAAGCCACUAUCAUUGGAACAAAAAAUAAUAAAGGCUCAAGAAAAGAUAAGAAAAAAGGUUGUACUACGCAUGAAGAAAUAUGACGAGCAACUAAAGCUGCGGUCGAAGAGGAGUAGUGAAGGAACUAAAAUCAAUAUUGAAACUCCUAAAUAUGAAGCUUCAGAUAAAGCAGAAGAACAAACUGAGGAAAGAAAUUGUGAAGAUGUGUCAGCAAUAUUGGCUAAACUACCUGAAGAGAAGAUAGAUAAAAGUUGCGAAGAUAUUUCUCUAAUUGAGAAAGCUGAUCAACCAGAUAAUGAAGAUAGUGGAGAGAAAGAAACCGUACAACUGAUUGAAAAUGAUUCAGAAAAAGAAACUGUAGUAAUGACUGAAAGUCUUGAUAAAUCGGAUACCGACAAAGGUGUUCAUGAUGAACAAGUGAAGGAAGAAAUUAAACCUGUAGUAAAUACAGAUUUGGAAAAUUUGAAAGAUACUGAAUCAGCAGAGUUGGUUGUUGAGCAACCGAAUGAGAUAGAAAAUGCCAAUGAUUCUCUUAUAUCCAAUGAAAUUGCUGUUGACAAAAACAACACUGAAACAAAUAAUAAAGAACAGGAAAUAAUUGAGGUUCAAGUAGUAGAAAUUCAUUCAAGAAAUGGUGUAUAUAUUAAUGAUGAUACGAUCGUUGUUGACGCUCAACAUAUUGAGGCACAUAGUGAAGCAGAUAAGGUAGAAAUCGAAGAGAACAGUGAUGUAACCAUAGUAGAUAAUGACAUACUACCCGAGUCAAAUUCUACAACUGACGAAGCUGAAGUUACUGCUGAUAUCAACCUUGUUCCAUCAGAAACAACGGAUGAUGGAGAAGCAAGUGAUAAUGUUAAAGAAGAUGAAUCUUUGCUUGUCGUAGAAUCUCCUAAGGUCGAAGAUUCUACUAUUGUUGCUGAAAUUGCAGAAACAUCAACUCUUGAACCAGCUGAAACACAGCCUGAAAAAAAUGUUAUUGAUUCAGAUGAUUUGGACACGGCUUUGGUUGAAGCUGGAGAAAAUGUACAUACCAGUAAUUCACAAAUUGAAGUUGACUCCGAAGUAGAAAAUGGCAUUAAUGGAAACAACGAAGGUAGCAUGAACGACAAAUCUGUUGAAGAACACAUUGAAUCUAGCAAGGCUUAUGAUACUGUAUUGGAUUCUGGUAAGACUGAUGCUACCGAAACGGAAACAGCUUUUUUUAGUAAGUCACCAGAAAUUAUAGAUGAAGAUUGUUUGAAAGAUAAUGAAGUAUGUAUUAUUGCAAAAUCAAACUCCACUGAACAGGAAACGGGAUUAGUGCAUGACGCUGGCGAAGAUCAAAACUUAAAAAUCGCUACGGAGGAUGACGUUGCCGCUGACAAAUUCGUAUCGGAUUUUGCCACAUCAGAAAAUAUUGACAUAGACAUUAAUGCAAUAGCCAGAUGUGAUAGCAUUAAUGAAGACAUUCAGGAUCGCCACAAGAAUAUGGACUUAGAAACGGCAGCUGUAACAAUACAAAAAGUAUUUCGGACUUUCAUGUUCAAGAGUCGAGCGUCCACUUUGGAUGAAACUGCUAACGAAGCAGGGUCCAUGGAUAUGCCCUUCCCUGGCGAUGAGAUGCUUCCCAAUGACGCCAUUAAUAUACUGAAAACGGAGGAAGAAUAUCAUAACUCCAAUUUGAAAGACCGCAGGCCACUCGGAAUAACCAGAAUGGAUACAGUAUUGCAAACGGUAAAUGAGGAGAAAUCCAUGUCACUGUCCGAUGACUCGUCCCUGUCGAGCGCAGCCACCAUCAUCCAGGCCCACGUGCGAGGGUUCCUCGUCAGAAACAGACUGCAUUCACUGAAAGCUGCUUCUCUCGGCUCUGUGGUAAACACGGAUCGAAGAUCAACAUCUUUGGACGUCAACAAUGAGCGGAAUAAAAACAAAACUGUGUUGAACAUACACAUUGUGCCUGAAGGUGGACAUUACCUGAGCAGAGACGAGAGUAUGGCGAUGUCGCUCGACCUGCCCUACGACAGCGAACCACCGCACUGGGGCCCCUCCUCGUCCCUCAACUUACAUCCUCUCAGCGAACGACGGAAGCAACUGAAAAGAGAGGACGCCAUUCAGUCAAUUUCCCCACCCAGUAACAACAGUGGAAAGCUGAGUGAAGAUGUCGAAUCGGUUAAAGAUAUGUCUGGUAACGGCGCUGAAGCAAGUGCACAGAAUUUAGAAACACCUGCUACCCUUGUUAAUGAUGCUGAAAAUACGAUGAAAGAGGGUGAAAAUGUCGAUACGACUAAAGAAGAUGAGAAUAUCGAUAACUCCGCUAAAACCGACGAUGAUAAAUCUUCCAAACCUGACGACAAUAUUGAUGAAUCAUCUAAACAAGACGAUAACAUUGACAGUGCGACCAACGAACCAAGCAGUGGGGCAACAACCCCCACAGCGAGUGUCACUGGAGAAACGGUCGUGGAAGUCCUCAAAGAUGGAGAAGAUAUUGAAAGUGUUGAUGAUAAACCUGACGAGAUCGCAGAGAACAAUGUAGAUGUCAUGAAAGCGAAUGAGGAAGAUGAAAUGGAUGUUAUAACGAAAGAAGAUUCGCACAAUGGGUCGAUAGCGGACUCUGACAGUACAUCUAGAUUAGUUAACUCGGGCGAGUUUCACGACCUAGUCCUCCCUACUCCGGUGAGCCGAGGUGACGCCACGGUCGCGCGCGAAUUCAAGGAGGUGAUAGUGAAAUAUCUGCUUUGGAAUCAUUCAUCAUGAUUUUAUCGUUAUGAUUAGCUAUUAAUGUAAUUUUAUUAUAGUAAGUAAGUAUACACAAUGUUUUAGUUUUGUUAGGAAGUGCCUAUUAUCACUAAUUUUAAAUAAAUAAAU